AGCAGCAGCGUUUCAUUUCUUCUCUCUCUCUCUCUCUCUAUCUCUCUCUCUCCUCUUAGAUUUUCGAUUUCCGUGUCAAGCAAGCAUCCACACCACACACACACACACACCACCACACUCCAUCCCCCAUUUCUUGACCCAACGGCAAAAUCCAAACCCCAGCAACUAAAUUAAUUCUCUUACCUUUUAAUUUUUUUUUCUACUUUUAAUUUAAUUUAAUUUUUUUCUACUCCUUAAUCAAUAAAAAUCUUUGCUUGCCUUCCAAUUUUCUCCCAUUUCUAUUCCGAACCUAAUUUAUUUAUUUCUCCGGUGUACUUUAUUUUUUCUUUCAUCAGGGCUUUUUUUCAUUUUUUUUUGGGGUUUCUUGUUUAGCAUAAAAGACAAGACCCGGAAUUUUAUUUUUUGUGGGGUUUGUUGUAAAUUAGAAAUCUUGGAAAAUGGAGAUGGGACAGGAGUUGGUGGUGGCUCCGGCGGCGGCGACGGCGGCAGUGAAGGGUGCUCCGCCGCCGACUUCGUUGGCGCCGGGAUUCAGGUUUCAUCCGACGGAUGAGGAGUUAGUUAGGUACUAUUUGAGGAGGAAGGUUUGUGGGAAGCCGUUUCGGUUUGAAGCUGUUACAGAAAUUGAUGUCUACAAAUCUGAACCUUGGGAACUUGCUGAUUACUCGUCUGUGAACACGAGAGAUCUCGAAUGGUACUUCUUUAGCCCCGUGGAUAGAAAGUACGGGAACGGGUCCCGCCUGAAUCGAGCCACCGGCAAAGGUUACUGGAAAGCAACCGGGAAAGACCGCUCCGUUCGCCAUAAAAACGAAACCAUAGGAAUGAAGAAAACCCUAGUUUUCCACAGCGGGCGGGCCCCGGAUGGAAAGAGAACAAAUUGGGUCAUGCACGAGUAUAGGCUUUGCGAUGCCGAGUUGGAAACUGCUGGCAUUCCUCAGGAUGCGUUUGUGCUGUGUAGAAUCUUCCAGAAGAGUGGUCUGGGCCCACCGAACGGAGACCGGUAUGCACCUUUUGUGGAAGAAGAAUGGGGCGAAGAUGCUGCGCUCGUUAUUUCAGGUGAGGAGGCUGAGGAUGACGUGGCGAAUGCGGAUGAACCACGUGUUGAGUGCACUGAUCUUGAUCAGGACACUCCGCCUCUGAGCAUUGCUCUUCCGCAGAUCGAGUCUGAGAUUCUGCCAUUUACGUGCAAGAGGGAGCUAGUGGACCCCACACCGCUCUCUUUAUCUAAAAGCAAUAAAAGAUCUAAGCACGAAGAUCCCAACUCGACCAAACCAAACGGGUCGGAAGAUUCCACCACCACGAGUCUUCCGGAACCUUCAAUGAUGAUGACGAAAAAUACUUCUUCAGGUACACUCUUGGAAUUCCCCUUGUUACAGCCUCGUUGCUCCUCGAAAGAGACCACAUUUGACUCUUCCAACCUUGAGAAAUCGGUUCCGCCUGGCUACCUUAAAUUCAUCAACAACUUGGAAAACGAGAUACUGAAUGUCUCGAUGGAGAAAGAUCUGCUCAAAAUCGAAGUGAUGAGAGCUCAAGCAAUGAUCAGUCACUUCCAAUCCCGCAUCGAAACUUUGACCGAAGAAAACGAGUCUUUUAAAAGACGUUUUAACUAGGGGAGGGAGGGGUAAUACUGUCCCUUUUUUUUUUUUUUUUUUUUAAGAGAUGAGUUAUUGGCCUUUUUUUAAAGAGAUUUUAGGCGGCUCGUACUUUCUAUUUAUUUCGCUUAGUUUUUCUUUUUAAUUAUCGGAACCGUGAAUCUGCCGACUAUGCUUUCUCUCUUUUUUAUUAUGAAUAAAAGCUGACUUUUUUAAUAUUGAUUGUGGUACUUAACCGUGA